AUGGAUAAAUCAGAAUAUCUUCGCCUACUAUCCGAAGCGUCAAUAAACGAUACCAGCAAAUUCCGAUUCGUCGACUCGGAGAGACCGAGAACCAGAGGACGACCUCCUAAGUAUUACCACCCUCUCCUUCAGAAAGAAAGGGAGUUGGAAACUCUCGUUCGAAAGAUUCUACCGAAAUCCAUUGCUGACGCUCUCCGCCCGAAAGGGUCCAGACUCGCACACUUGUAUGGCUUGCCGAAGACACAUAAAGAACAGUUGGCCGUGCGGCCAAUACUCUCUGCUACUAACACCUACAAUUACUCGCUAGCGAAAUGGCUUGACGACAAAUUGAAACCCCUGUCGUGCAACCAAUAUACAGUGACAGACACAUUCCGCUUUGCUGAUGAAAUACGAGGCUUCGAGAUCAAGAACGGCGAAAUUUUAGUUUCCUAUGACGUCACCUCAUUGUUUACAAAUGUACCAUUGGAGGAAACAAUACAGAUCUUAGCUGAAAAAGCCUUUGCCCAGGAUUGGUUCAACGAGACGCACAGCUUGAACAUCUCUAAAGCGGACCUAAUCGACCUCCUCCGAGCAGCUACGAAAAACCAGCUUUUCCAGUUUGACGGUGCUUUAUAUGAGCAGACAGAUGGAGUCGCUAUGGGUUCUCCCCUUGGACCGUUGCUGGCUAACGUCUUCAUGUGCUCGAUUGAGGAAAACCUCGAACAACACGGUCAACUUCCGCGCUAUUACCGGAGGUACGUCGAUGACACCCUGACCGUAAUGCCUGAUAGGGUGACCGCUGGCCAGUUUCUAGACACCCUUAACUCUACCCAUCCCUCCCUCCAGUUUACCAUGGAAGUCGAACGGGAAGGAUCCCUUCCCUUUCUAGGAACUGAACUGCUUAACCGUGCACCAAAGAUUGAGAGCAAGGUCUACAUCAAAAGAACCAACACGGGUCUCCCUCUGCAUUUCCAGAGUCAUGUUGACAUUAAGUACAAGCGCAGCCUAGUUAACACCAUGGUGGAUCGCGCUUAUCGAUUAUCUUCUAACUGGUCUUUCUUCUCCGAGGAAUGUGACCGCCUUAGAGGGGUUUUUCAUAACUUGAAAUACCCAAAGCCACUGGUUGAAACUACAAUCAAGCGGUUCGUUGAGAGAAGGAUUUCAUCUGCAGAGCCCUGUCCAUCACCAGACGUACCAUCGGAGAUUCCUUCUGCUCAAGGAACAUUUGAGAGUCUUGGAAAAAAGAAAAGUCACUGUUUCCCAUGA